UUUCUCACUUCUCUAUCAUCCCAUCCCCUCAUACCCAUUUCCCAUCCCUAUUUUCACUCCCUUUUUUCUCCCCCACUUCAGAUCCAUUUUCAACCUCUCUUCAGUACCCAAUUUCAAUUGCCACUGGCAUUUACAAAAUGCUACCUUUUUCCUCUCUCUGCCUCUGACACCCCAAACUGUUAACACUACCAAACUCUCUUCUAUCACUUUACUGUAUUCAUGAGAUGGGUCAUUGAAAGAUUGUGCCAACUGUCGGUGAUGCGUUUUGCUUCUUCUUUUUUCUUUUCUCCCUUUUGCCCUUUUGCUUCUUUUGCACGAUUUCUAUGGUAUUCACACAUUUACUCAUUGCCAAAGCUAGUUUGCCACUUAGAUUUGCUUCUCUUUCACGAUAUUUUAACUUAUUCUCUUCUUGUUAUGUUACUUAGAUUUUAUUUUUCUCUGUUUGGUCCAUCUUUCUGUCUAGAAGACUUUUUAAAAAUAAAAAUUGAUUAUUAGUAUGUUUUUGAUCCAAUAGUGACGUUUCCUUUUUAGGGAAUGUGCAUGAGGUCCCACAAACAGAUGAUAUUGUAUCAAACUUUCAGUUAUGAUGGUGCUGAUGAUGUUUCAUUGCUUUCUAUUUCACCUUUCUGUGCAGUUCUUGUUUCAUGGUUCCAAUAGUAUAUCACCUAGGUGCUUUGUGGAACAAGAGUCAUUAAGUUGGUUCCCUUGAAUCAAGGAAGAGGCCUUUCUGGGUGAACUUUGAAUAAUUGAGUGAGUGUGUGGCAAGAAUGGCAAGAGGAAGAGCAGAUGGGAAUCAAAGAAAGCAGUUGGUCACUAUUACGUUGGUUUUAGUGCUUGUUGGUGCUUUGUUUUUCUUGUUUUAUGGGAAAAGUGGCUCGUCUUCCGUUGAGUAUGGUAGCAAAUCUUUAAAACUCAUUGGUUGGAGAGGAGAUGAAGAUGCUGAUGAAUCUAUCUCCAAAACUGGAGGAGACUACAGUGCUAUUCCAAAGACCAUUCCAGUCUGUGAUGGUCGUCUCUCAGAGCUAAUUCCCUGCCUAGAUAGAAAUCUCAUAUACCAAACAAGAUUGAAGCUUGAUCUGAAUUUGAUGGAGCAUUAUGAGCGACACUGCCCAAUGCCUGAGAGGCGUUAUAAUUGUUUGAUUCCCCCUCCUCCAGGGUACAAGAUUCCAAUCAAGUGGCCCAAAAGCAGAGAUCAGGUGUGGAAGGCAAAUAUACCUCAUACCCAUCUUGCAACUGAGAAAUCUGACCAGAACUGGAUGGUUGUAAAAGGUGAAAAGAUAGUUUUUCCUGGUGGAGGAACCCACUUCCAUUACGGUGCAGAUAAAUAUAUUGCAUCAAUUGCCAAUAUGCUCAACUUUCCAAACAAUAAUAUAAACAAUGGAGGAAGACUCCGCAGUGUUCUUGAUGUUGGCUGCGGUGUUGCAAGCUUCGGAGGAUAUCUUCUUUCUUCUAAUGUAAUAGCAAUGUCAUUAGCCCCAAAUGAUGUUCAUGAAAACCAAAUCCAGUUUGCUUUAGAAAGAGGAAUUCCAGCAUAUCUUGGUGUCUUAGGGACACUAAGACUCCCUUACCCUAGUAGAUCUUUUGAACUUGCUCAUUGUUCUCGCUGUAGAAUUGAUUGGCUUCAAAGAGAUGGCAUACUUCUUCUUGAGCUGGAUAGGUUACUCAGGCCAGGAGGCUAUUUUGCCUACUCAUCUCCUGAAGCCUAUGCUCAGGAUGAAGAGGAUAGGAGAAUAUGGAGAGAAAUGAGUGCUCUUGUAGGACGGAUGUGUUGGAAAGUAGCUGCUAAGAAGAACCAGACUGUUAUAUGGGUCAAGCCUCUUACAAAUGAUUGUUACUUAAAAAGAGAGCCUGAUACUCAGCCUCCACUCUGCAGUUCUGAUGAUGAUCCUGAUGCUGUUUGGGGAGUUAAAAUGAAAGCUUGCAUCGCACGUUACUCUAAUCAGAUGCACAAAGCAAAAGGAAGUGGUUUGGCUCCUUGGCCAGCUCGAUUGACUAUGCCGCCACCUCGUCUUGCUGACUUUAACCAUUCUACUGAAAUGUUUGAAAAGGACAUGGAAGUUUGGCAACAAGAAGUUGAUAAUUACUGGAAAAUGCUAGGUAGUAAAAUUAAGCCUGACACAAUUCGGAACGUAAUGGACAUGAAGGCAAAUCUGGGUUCAUUUGCAGCUGCUUUGAAGGACAGAGAUGUUUGGGUUAUGAAUGUGGUGCCAGAAAAUGGGCCAAACACUCUCAAGAUCAUAUAUGACAGAGGGCUGUUAGGAACGAUUCACAACUGGUGUGAAGCAUUUUCAACCUAUCCUCGUACUUAUGAUCUACUCCAUGCAUGGACUAUAUUUUCUGAUAUCAUUGAGAAAGAAUGUAGUCCAGAGGAUUUAUUGAUUGAGAUGGAUAGAAUCCUCAGGCCAAAAGGUUUCAUCAUUGUCCAUGAUAAACGGUCAGUAGUGAUGUCUAUAAAGAAGUUCUUGCCAGCAUUGCACUGGGAGGCAGUGGCCAUAUCUAAUGUAGAGCAAGAUUCAGAAGAUGCAGUGUUAAUAAUUCAGAAGAAGAUUUGGCUUACAAGUGAGAGCAUCCGGGUUUCAGAAUAAUGACAUAAUCCAAAGUAUGAACGGGACUCUUGCCAUUGCCAUUCACUUUGAAGUUUGAAAUCUGAGUGAUAAAUGACCACAACCGUUGUGGAAAAUUGCUCUUAUAUGUUAUUCCUAUUGUCUACACCAUAGGCAUAAGUUACAUUGAAAGCUCAUCCCAAAUCAUCUUAUUUGAAUUUACUUAAUUUUGGACACAAACGUUGUCAACCUGUUUAUUGUGAUUAAGAAAAUUAGAGGAAUCUGAGGAAAUAUAACGGUUUUCUAAAUUGAACAAAUUACUGCAUAUUGAGGUUGUAAGUUUUUUUUUUUUUUUCCAUUUUGCUUCUGCUUUGGAAGACUGCUGAUCAAAGGGUGUAACUUUGGCAUGUUCAUACUCCUCUUAUUUUAUGGA